ACGCACGGCGAGAGAGGGAGGACACUUCCCUCUCCAGCAUCAAACGCGAGGGAUGCGCUUCAUCGCCUUAGGGGGCUGGAUGGAUGGAGCAACAGGGUCAUGAAGGUGACCGCAACCUCUGGGUUGGAUUUAGGGGGCCGUUUCCGCAGAAGGAGCCUAUCCAUAAUUAAUAAGAGCGAGUCGGAGAUCCUAGAACCGAAGCGCAACCACCGGCGAGUCAUGUCACCAACUGACAGCGCUUCCAGAGGAGCUGACGAGGAGGACAAAGGAGGAUGAAGGAGGCAGAGGAGGAUUAUAAUGAAGCUGAGUGGCAAAGGACUGUGCACCAUCGUCUCCAGCAGUCUGCUCUUCGUGUGCGCCAUGAGCGCCGUGGUCGUGGGAUUCAAAUGCAUCGCGUUGGGCUCCAGGGUGCGAGCGCACUUCCACCUGGCCACCGCGGCCGGCGCGUUUUACUCGGGCAUCCUGGUGACUCUCGGGCAGAUCCUGAUGGGGGUGGCGCUGGUCUUUUGCCGGGGCAAGCCCAGGUGUGCGAAUUUCUUCCUCUUUGGGAUCUUAGUGUUUCUUUUGGGGGUCCUGACGGCGUUCUCCGGCGCGGUGGUGGAUGGCGACACGGUGUCCCUGGUGGAGAGGAAGUACGCGCACUAUUGCCAGGACUCUGUGGAUGUAAACACGGCGUGCGACCGGCUCAAAGUGUACCAGCGGGGUCUGGUGGUCUCCACUAUCCUUAACACUCUGGAGUGCAUCCUGGGGCUGAUGAAUCUGGUGAUCAUCAAGCGUUACCAAACGGCGCAGUGUCACCGGAGACGCCGGACGCAGAGGCGGAGCGCGCGGAUCGUGCUGAAUGAGGAGCGCGACUUCGCGGUCACGGAGUUCCAGCCUGUGUCCUACAUCAAUUUGGCGGUGUUUCACGCGUUGCACGAUGCGGACGGGGAGGUGCACAGCCGGGGCCACCCGUCCAUGGAGCUGCCGGGCUAUUCGCCCGCCAAUCCGGAGCUCAAUCUCACGUACCCGUUUUCUUACCCGCUUCACAACGAGUUGCCACCUGCCUAUGAAGACAUAUUCCCUGGAGAAGCGAGCAGCAAAUAGCAAAGAAGAGGAACCGAGUUGCAGUUUUGCAGUGACAAUCACGCAUUCGGCACGCUGAACUUGGAAUCGACACGAUUAUUUCUAUAUUACGGGGACCAGCUGUUGCCUAAUGUACUUUUAAUUCAGUGGAGGUUACAGCCUGCGCUCUGAACAAACCCUACAGUUGUUCAUAAACUACAAAACGAACCUAUGAGAAGGUAAACGUACUGAAAGGAUUAAAUAUACAUGCAAAAUUGUUUUUUUGACUGACCGAUUGUAUUCUCAGUUCAUCCCUUGUCUAAAUCCCAAAGGUUUGUGUACAGGAUUCCCAUUGGAAUUUUUGGAAUCUAAAGGAUCCUGAUUUUCUUACAGUAUUCCAGCAGGGCACAAAACAAAAAGAAGUUACCAAUUGGGUAAAAAGAACAAAUGAGAAGCACCCAACCAUUAAGGAUGCGUUUUAUAGGAUUUCAACAGGAGGCAAAACAAAAAGAAGUUCAGGACAAAAAGAGCCUAUGAUAAAAGGUAAACUGAAAGAACAUUUGUUUUCUGACUUGUUACGGUGUGUGAUGAUUUAGAACUAAUUAUUUAGAACCAGAAUCAUGAUUGAAAACCCAGAAAAUUCCCAGUAGGGCUGUUAUGAUUUGCAACUGGAUAAAAUGUCCCUGUUGGACAUCAAAAGUAUUCCGAAAGGCCUGCAACGAGACGUCUUAUAUUCAGCCUCAUGAUUUGUUUAUAAUCUCUUCAUUCCUGAUGUUUCAGACAAAAAGCCACUGCUGCUGGCCACAUUAAAAUGACAGGCAUUACCCAUUGGACAGAAAAUUUCUGCUUAGCAGUGAUGUGACUGUGGGAUGUUAUUAAUGUUUCUGCAUCAUGUUGUUCCAGAAUAACAGGAGAACAUGCAGUUCUUCUCUUUUCAGCUGUUUAUGCCGUGUCAGUUGUAUGGUUAUCCUAGUGUAUUCAUUGGAGGUUACCGCCAACACUUAAAGCCAUUGAAGUAAAGAGAGUGAAAUAAUACUUUAAUUUGUUUCUUGACCAUCGUGACUGAUGGUUUUCCCAAAUCAACUCUAGUUAAUUUGUACAAAAUGUAUGUUAUAGUCCAACAAAAAAGUACCUAAUACCUAUCAUUGUCCAGUAGCAAGAAACCUAUGAAAUUCGAAAUAGCACUCUAAGAAUCAAAUAAGAAUUCCUCUAGGAUUUUCCUUUAGGAUCAACACUAGGAUUGAAGUUUCAUUGGGAACCCUGUACACUGUAUUUUUUGACUAGGG